CUCUUUCUAAAACACACACACAACGGUGGUUUGAGGUGAAUGGCUACGCCAGAGGUCAGCAUGGAGCACCACCAUGGAGUCACCUUGAGCAUAGCAAAAGAUGACACUAAAGAUAGUACCACACCUUCUUCCUCCCCUUUCACUCGUCUAAUAUUUUCCCAAAAGUUGAUAGCGGAGUUGAUUGCUACGUACUUCUUAGUAUUUGCUGGUUGUGGUGCAAUCACAGUGGAUAUUGACAAGAAAAAUCUGGGUCAGCCGGGAGUCGCCAUUGUAUGGGGGUCCGCGGUGAUGGUUAUGAUUUACGCUGUUGGCCAUGUCUCUGGUGCACAUAUUAACCCUGCGGUCACCAUUGCCUUCGCUUCUUGCAAAAGGUUCCCUUGGAAAGAGGUACCCGGAUACGUGAUUACUCAAAUCCUUGCAUCAAUCCUAGCGAGUGGAACCCUACGAUUGAUAUUAAGCGGGGAACAUGAUCACUUUGUUGGAAACGCACCACCACGUUCCGACCUUCAAUCCUUGGUAGUCGAAAUCAUUAUCACAUUCUAUCUCAUGUUCGUCAUCACUGCCGUUGCCACAGAUGAUCGAGCUACUGGACAACUAGCCGGGGUUGCCAUUGGAUCAACCGUUGUACUUAAUGUCAUGUUCGCAGGGCCGAUAUCAGGGGCGUCCAUGAACCCGGCAAGGAGCAUAGGGCCAGCACUCAUGUGGAACAGGUACAACGGGUUAUGGAUCUACAUUUUUGGACCGAUGAUUGGGGCCGUAGGUGGGGCAUGGGCGUACAACACCCUAAGGUUCACUGAUAAGCCUUUGAAUGAGAAAACUAAGGGUGCAUCUCAACAAUGAUUCAUGGAGUAAAUUUCUCAAAUAUAUGUGUUGAUUUGCAUGAGACAAUAUUACAAGUAAACCCAAUAAAACUUGCAAGCGAUGUAAUACAUAGUGACUAUAGUUAAUUACACUGUUAUCUAUAAAAAGAAUCUUCGAUUGGAUUGUUAUCCUAA